AGACAAAGGCAUGAUGCUGAAUUGUUACAUCUAUACUUUGGAAUUGUCCAUAUCCUUAAGAACAGAAUAGAAUAAGAACAGAAUAACUGUGCAGAGACAACUGUCAGUGACAGCACAGAGCAGCCAGCGCCUCCAUGUUGAGUUUUGGCCUGUAUGAUGUCACAGAGUAGUUCCAUGAAAUGACAGAAAGAUCCUUCCAGGGCAACUGUUCAUGAGAUCACGCAGUAACCACUCACACCCAGGCCAGCUGUGCCCCCGGCAGCACCAUCAGGCGUGGAGCAGAGCCCAGCAGCACAGGAUGCAGAGCAGCUCCCGCUGGGGCAGGUCCCUGCAGCUCUCCCAGGAUGGAUGCUGUGGUGCUUAAAAAGAAGGGCUACAGCCUCGGUGACACUCUUGGAGAAGGCUCCUACGGCAAAGUGAAGGCUGCCUACAGCCACCGCCUGAAAUGCAAAGUGGCCAUCAAGAUCAUUGACAAAAAGAAAAUUUCUCAGAAUGUUCUGGAAAAAUUUCUCCCCAGGGAAAUGGAGGCUUUGAUGCGACUGCACCACCCCUCAAUCAUCGAAACCUAUGAGAUUUUUGAGACAUCGUCUGGGAAAGUGUACAUAGUGAUGGAGCUGGGGGAAAGGGGGAGCCUUCUGAACUACCUCACCAGCCAGGGUGCGAUGGAAGAGAGCACCGCUCGCGGCAAAUUCCAGCAGUUGGCUUCUGCCAUCAAGCAUUGCCAUGACUUGGACUUUGCCCACAGGGACCUGAAAUGUGACAACAUCCUUCUCGACAAUGAUCUUAACUUCAAGCUGUCAGACUUUGGCUUUUCAAAACUCCUGGCAAGGGAUGGAAAUGGAAAAACCAUUCUCAGCAGCACCUUCUGCGGGUCUCUUGCGUACUCAGCCCCCGAACUGCUCGAGCAUAUUCCUUGUGACCCCAGGAUUUCGGACAUGUGGAGCCUGGGCAUUAUCCUGUAUGCAAUGCUUUUUGCUUCACAGCCAUUUGAUAGUUCCAAUGUCAGAGAAAUGCUCCACGUUCAGAAACAACGAAAGAUUCCCUUCAUCAAGUCAAAAAAUCUCUCUUCAGACUGCAAGAACCUCAUUGUCCACUUGCUCCACCCUGAUGCGUCUCAAAGGCUGUGCAUAGAUGAUGUUUUGAGACAUCCCUGGUUGCAGGCCCCAAAACUCACGCACAGUCUGCGAGUUGCAGGAGGGGGUGAACUCAAAGCCAGUGGCAAGAAAAACCCAAGAAACAACAGAAUGACAAUUCCCAUUGUGCGUAAGUGUAAGGAGUGGAAGAGGAGAUCAGAUCCUCUUAAGGAUACUUUCCUUUAAUAGGAACACAGUGUUGGCCUAACCUGUGAACUGCAUUAGUUUAAACUCACAUUAAAGAGAGCCUGUCUAAAACUCCCUGCAGCAGUUGUGUCCCACUCCUGCACAGCGCGCUUGAAGGAAGCAGCUUUAACACUGCCAAAGUCAGGGCUGUGAAAGACAGAGGGAAAUAAUAAGGGAGGGAAGUUUUAGAUCAUGUAAACAAACUGCAGAGGAGCACUUUGUAUGUAAUACUUGAAGGAGGAAUGUAUUUCAAACAUGCAAUGUUUUUAUA